AUGAGGGGCCAGAUCGGACGCGGCACCGGAUUUCAGCCUGAAUCCCGUCCUGAAUCCCGAUAUAAUAAACCACAACCCUUUGACUUCGUCCGACUCACAUUAUGCGCCUACGGAUUUCAUUGCUGCAACACCGCUAUCUGCACCAUGAACCCAUUAAUCAGCGAACCAAAAAAUUCGGCCGCGUACGGCCACGCUUGCUCAAACUGUGUCAAAGCCAAGUGCAAGUGCAUUCCGCGGGGGGAUGACAACAGCUGUGAGAGAUGUCACCGUCUUGCAAAAGACUGCCACCCGUCGACAUCUUUCCGGAAGCGUACUACGAAAAGAGCCAACUCACAACUAUCCAAGACCUCACAGCUUGAAGACAAACUUGACAACCUGGUGUCUCUACUCCAAGCUCAGAAUGCACCUCAUGCGGAUUCAACGUCAUCUCACCCUCCACACGCCCAGACCUCUUCUGCCCAUCUACCUUCACAUCACGUAAAACCACAAUGCCUACUACGACCUGUUCCUUACCCCCCCUCACCUUCAAACACAAAUUCUUCAUCACCACAUUCCCAACUAUCGAGUUGCGAUCCCAGUGAAAUCAUCAGGUCCUUCAAGGACCGAUUUCAGGCUAGCUUUCCAUACAUCCAUAUACCCGAGGACCAGCCUAUCGAGAAAUUCCUGCAGGAGCGACCUUUGACUUUCCAAGCUAUUGCCACAUUAUGCGAUUUUGUGGGCGAGUCACAAAUCGUCCGCGCAAAGUGUAUUCGGGAGCAGAUUGCGUUGAGGGUCGUAGUGGAGGGGGAGAGGAGCCUUGACCUUCUGUAUGCAACUCUUACAGCCACAGUAUGGCACGUAUACUUUUCGCACGCAAAACCCAGCGGGGGCAUGUUCUCGAGCAUUUGUGGAGUGCUCGUCAAAGAUUUACGACUGAUCAAACGAGAUGGAUCUAUUUGUGCACCUAAAAUGCCCCCACUCUAUGAGAUUCCGGAGCCCAAAGAGAUUUUGUCUGACGAUGAACGGAGGGCAGUUCUUACCUACUUCAUAAUAAGUACGACGUACUCUGCGUACCUCAAUUAUCCACCUUGGCGAUGGUCCCCGUAUCUUGAUGAGGCUUGUCGAGGGUUGAUGCUCAAUGAUCAAAUCCUAGGUGAUCGAGUUCUUGUGGCUCUCGCGCGUACAUUCAAGAUUGCCUUUACUGCAGCAAAAGUUAUCAAAAAUGUUUCCGAAACCGACAGUCAAAUUUCGCAUGCUCUGAUGCAAGUUAAACCCUUGCGCACAAUGCUUGAUGAACUCGAAAAGGAGAUCGCUCCAGAAGUGAUGGAAAAUAGAACCGUCCGGAGUAGCUUCCACAGCACUUCAGUCCUUGUCAGUGAAGCUGUACUGGUCGCCUGCAGUGCCUUUGCCCCAAAUGCAUCACCUGCUCUCGACCCUGAUAUUAAUCUUCAAUGUAUAACAACCCUCACAACUUGUCUGCAUAGCUGUAAAUCAGCCCUGAACAGUUAUGUCGACAUGAGAUUCGACCACAUGAACAUGUCCAUGAUCUUUUCUUGGAUGCAUGUCAUGCAUAUCCUUUUCAAGCUUUCCGUACUGGACUUCCCGAAUUGGGACCGCGCUCUGAUGCGUGCGACUGCUGACCCUCUCUAUUACUUCUCUCGCACUAUCACUAUGCUGAAGACUGCGCACGAAGAGUUGAAGGAACUGAGUGGAUCAUGCGAAAACAUAUUCACAAAGGCUCCCGACAUAAUGAAAGCCAAGAUCGGGAUCUGGAAAGAACACUUGGAGAAUCAUGACGCUGCAACGGCAGCAACGGCAAUGGCGAUGCCUGGUGGGAUGACCUCAUCGGCAAUGCCAGUGGGCGGACUGGGACAGGACGCUUUCAAUGGCAACAACCUAGCAAUGGGCUUCGAUGUCAUGGAUACCUCGUGGCUAAAUUUCCAGGACGACAUGUUCUUUUCCAAUAUCUUCUCGCAGUAA